AUGACCACUGAGGACACUGAUGUUUUCUUCGGUAGUGGAAUAAUUGCUGCUGACUUCAGGCAGGAUGGCAUGGUGGCUGUUGACAGGGACAUGUUGAAGAUAUUUGUGAAGACUGCAGAGAGCUGGUCUGCACAUUCCCUGAGCGCCCUUCCCGUCACUCCGUGUGGGCCUGCAGCUUUCCUUGGGUUAACAGCCCUGAGCACACUCCUAACGCUAUGUUCCUGUACUGUGAAUGUCUGCAUGUCUGUUGGGGACGGGUGUGGGAGGUGUGACCGUCUCAGCCGCUCUCACCUCGAAGCGGGCAAAAAAGCAGUUGAGUUCCUCUGCCAACGAGGCAUUAGCAUCAGAGAUAUUGUGAGUGUCACUUUUGUAGUUUGUGAGGUGCUGAGAAAAGACCGCGUUCCCGACCGGAUUGAUUUUAGAGCUGCAACAGAAUCAGAAUCGCUGCGUGGUCUUGUUCUUCUUGAUCACACUUUUUAUGACACUAUGGCGCAUAACGAUAAAGAAUUAAACGAACUUCUCAGAAAAGGACGCGCUGUUGCUGCAUCCCUCGGAAAAGUUUAUGAUCGCACCCAAAUGGAGGCCGCCGUUAAAGAAGGCCACGCUGACCCUGCCAAAAUGGACCUGGAUCAAACCAUCAAACAAGGUCAAACAGUUAUUAAAAACCUUGACAAUGCGAGUUCAAGAAAUAAUCUGGAUCAUCUUUUAAAAAAAGAGUCAAUCGAGCUGUUUGGACAACCAAACCAAAAUGGCCCAAAGGCAAAGAAGAAAAAAAGGACCCAGUCCAGUGGUAAAAUCAGAGAGAAGUCACGUCCAAAACAAGCAAAGCAUUUUUCUUCACAUGAUUCAAGAGUUAAAUCAAGGCCAUGCCUAAAGCCAACAGAGUUUCAUCAUGACCAGGGUCCAGAUCAUGAUUCUCUUCUAAGUGAGCUGCAAGACCUUCUGUCCGCUGCUAGCUCUAACCUUCAUUCUGAGAGUACCCCACACUCAGCAUCACUGCAUUGGGGCACAAGGACAGCAGCUUCGUCGGAGAGAUGGAGGGAGGCUAGACCCUCUUUAAUCAUCAAUAGGCUUAUAACGGAGCAUUGCAAGGUACAGCUGUGUUCGGAGUGCAAGGCAAAGGUGGCAGUGGUCAAAUGUAAAGACUGUUUGCCCCAUCAGUAUACAUGCAUCGACUGUGACAGUGCUAUACACAGUAAGCAAGUAUUCCACAAUAGAAGCAGCAUGAUUUCAGGGUUCCACAAGGCUGUACCUCCCACCACUGUGGUGAAGCAGGACUCUGAUGGGCAAUACUUUCACCAUCAUGAAGAUCGACUCUUACCAAUGGCACUUCCUAAUUCCAUAUGUAGUUGUGGAGAAAAGUACAGUGUUGGAAUUGGGAAGUCCAUUACUGUAAUCAACAUGAAGGCGUCAAAGUUUCAGUUGCAAAGGCAGUCUGGCACUUUAUGGGGCGAUACAUUUUUGAAGAGCUUUUUCGAGUGGUCCAUCUGCCGUUAUGAGGUUGACAAGAUCUGCGGCGAACAACAUUUCAUGUGUCCAGCUUGUACCCCUCUAAUGCUGGCAAUUGCUGUGGAUGGCAACAGAAAACUUCACCGUUUCAAAAAGGCUGGGAAUUCAGAGGGCUCUGGCUACUUCGAAGGGUUGUUUCUUUGCAAAGAUGAUGAUGUUUCGUCUUUUGUUCAGUAUAUCCGCAAAAAAGUGCAACACGUGGGAGGCAAAGGUGUCUGUGGAUCUGCAGAGUUAGCUGCUGCGAAAGAGUUUUCCAGCAAGACCAGCAGUAAGCUGGAUGAGGAGGGAAUUGAAGUCGCUGUCUGUAGGCAUGGUGUUCUUUUGAGGGCACUCAAUAUGUUCAGAGGAGAGAUCUAUGCUUAUCCUUUGUACUUGCAGAAAGAGCUCUGCACCGAAAAUGCAACUUUCUUUUGUGCUGACAUCAUGUGCAAAUACUGGCCAUACUUGAUAAAAGUUUGCCAGGCCUGCCCGGAACUGAGACAUCUUCUGAACAUGAAGCCAUUCCUCUCAGUUAUGCAUGCAAAAGUACAUGGUGUGAAAUGUGAGAUCAAAUGGAGUGGAAGCUUUCAAACGGGCGCUGCAUAUACCAUGGGAGAAGAAGUGGAACAAGCGAAUAGCUUUUUGUCAAGGAUUGGUAUAAGCACUAAGUUCAUGUCCAAAGCAGGUUAG